AUGAUAUUAUUGAUGUAAAUGAUUAUAUUGAAAUUGAUGAUUCACUUCAAAUCCAGGAUAUUAAUAUAACAAAUGAAGAUAUUAUAAAUUCAAUUAAAAAAAUUAAAACAGAAUUAGUUAUCAAAAAUAUAAAUAAUGUUUUAAAAUUUGUAGAACAAGAAUCCAAAUUAAAAUUAGAUAAUAAUCAAAUAGAACUUCUUCAUAUUAUUCAAUAA